ACGUUUUACACACACUUUAUAUAAGUAGAACUCACACGCGAUCAGGACCGUACUUAUUUGUGGAUUGUUUUUUAGCAGGUUGAAGAGAAACGUGUACUGCACAUAUAUUUUUUUAAAACUAGGAUCGAUGUCUUGGGUGAAAGCAGUCCCAUCCUUUGGAGAGGAUGUGUUUGAUGAAGAUAUGGAUGACAUACAUCUUCAGCAGAAGGAAUGGAAGAGUAACAUGGAGAAACGGAUCAAGGAUGGAUAUCGAGAUGGUAUGGAUGCAGGCAAAGAGGCUUCGCUUCAGCAUGGGUUCAAUCAGGGUUACAAAGAGGGAGCAUCAAGGAUGGGGGUCAUUGGACAACUCAAAGGAAUUCUCAGUGCCUUGCAGUCAUGGUGCCAGCUUCAAAAAAAGGACUCCAACACCACUGCUAGAGUAAGUCAUCUACUUCAGGAAGUGGACCAGCAGGAGGAGCGAAUGACAGAGAAAUUGAAAAAUAGUCAGCAGCAGACCCACAUGGGAGAGUUAACGGACAUCAUUGAAGACAUGGGCAUUGCAAAACCUACACAGGAGCCAGACUCUGAAUCUUGCAGCAAUACCAAAGGGACUGAUUAUUGCAAUUCAGGUGGGGAAGCUGGACAGAACUGUUGUAAGAGUCAAAGCGCAAGUUCAGGGUGCUGUCAGCCAUCAUCAGAAACUGUGAAUGUCACACAACAGAAUCUAGGACAGCUUUUAAUGCAGUGUAUUGAUUUAGUGGGGGAGCUUGGACUUCCAGCAGAGCUGAUGCAACAUAUCCACCAGUUAAACAGCACUUCUCUUUAGCAUAUGAAUGCAGAACCAUAUUUAUAACUUGUAUAAUAAAGCUCUUUGCAAAGAA